GGCGGCGACGGUGCGGCGUCGCACACGCUUCGCGCCUGCGCGCCGGCUCACACGCGUACGCGCACGGGACUUCAAGUUACGCGCCAAACCACAUCGCAACUUCACCGUAGAUUAAAAUGACGACCGCAAGCGUUUUGUUGACGGUGACCACAACAUGGAACCUCAACAGCGAGAAAAUCGACAAGGGGAAAGUGGGGCGGUCCCCCCAGAGCAUCGCAGCCGAGACCGCUAAGGAGUUGAGGGAGACGCCCGCCACGAGGGAACAGGGGCUGAAGAUCAUGCGGGAGUGGAUCCAACAGAACUGCGACAUCAAAAAUGUGCGACAAGAUGACUCGUUCUUGUUGCGUUUUCUUCGACACAAAAAAUAUAGCAUACCGAUGGCCCAGCAGACACUUCUGAAGUACCUAAACUUACGCAAAUACUACCCAGAGAUAUUCAUGAAUUUAGACUGCGAAGAUUCGAAACUUCAGGAUAUCAUCAAUAAUGGGUACGUCGUCGUAUCACCGGUCCGUGACAGCAAAGGUCGGCGGGUCAUCGUUUACAACAUGAGUAGGUUCAACGCGAGUCAGCUGACCUGUUGGGACAUGUGCCGCGUGCAUACCAUGAUUUACGAGAGUCUGUUGGAAGACCCGCUCGAUCAAAUCUGUGGGUUCACGCACGUCGGCGACGGGAGCGGCGUCAGCGGCGCGCACGUCACCGCCUGGAACCCGACCGACUUUGCCCGGCUCAUGAAGUGGGGGGAACAAUCAAUGCCGAUGCGUCACAAGGAAUUCCAUCUGAUCAACAUCCCCGCGGCCAUCAAAUACAUCAUAGAUUUUGCUAAGAGCAAAGUAUCGCCGAAAAUGGUCGACCGGUUAUAUACCCACUCAACACUCAAGCAGUUGCACAAAAACAUAGACGUCGCUUGUCUCCCAACGGUGUACGGUGGAGAAAUACCCUUGCAGGAGAUGAUCUCCUUCACCAAACAGAUCCUCAGCGACCAGCGAAAGAAAGUGUGCCAUCUCACCGAAAUGGAGAUACUAAGCACAAGAGGGAUCACGUCCUCAAAAGUAAAAAACAAGCCAGACCAAAUAUCAGUGGAAGGAAGCUUUAGAAAACUAGAAAUAGAUUGAGCUCACUUACUUUUAAAUGUGUGUAUGAAUCGUGACACAUUUUUGAGAUGAAUGGUAAUGUUCGUUUUGUUCUUUAUAGCUGGAUUAGGUACAUCGGGACAUAGGGUUACAUGUCACCAUUCAUAAAAAACGUCAAAAGAUUAACUAAAACUGUUUGUUUUGAAAAUUUACGGUUAAUGGCUUUGAAAUCGAUAAUUAUUCAAUUAUUUGAUUUAGUAUUGGUGCCAUGUUUGUUACCCUUUUGAGGCACAGCAUAUUUAUUGCAUAACAUAAUAUUUCUAUCUUAUAAAGUUUUGCAAUGACAACAGCUGUACUAUUAUAUUGUAAACACCAAGGUGCUCAUUAAUUUUCAAGAUAAGAAUGUGAUAUGCCUCAAUUAUUAGUCCCAGAGCAAAUGUUUUGGAUUUGAAUUAACUGAAAUCGUAUAUUAAAACAAUUGUUAGGCAAUUAUACGCUAAAUUCUCUAAACAGGAAUUUGUCCCUUUUUCAUCUUAAACUCUGGGUUUGUUUUUAGUUUGAUACCUUCGUCUAAGCAUAUUUUAUUCUUAUAUGGUUGGGGUAAACUGAAUCUCAACAACAUUGCAAUUCCAUUCUGCAAAAUAUUAAGACUGCUUAAUCUAUGAUUUUCGCUUAAAAAUCGGAAAUUUUGAUCCGACCUUUCUGUAUUAUUGUAUCUGUGCCUACCAAGGUACCGAAAUAACUUACCUAGGGUGCAUCGUUGAACAGUGAACCGGCCUUUUUUCUAAAUGCUCUAAUUAGCUGGAAAAUGAUGCUAGAAAUGUCAUUAUGGUCUUAUCAGUCAGGUAAUUUAAUAAGGUUUCUAAUUUUUAGGCUUAAAAUUAGCCUCAGCAAUAAAAAGGUAACUUAAAUUAGGUUUUAAAAAAAAAUGAAAUUUGGCUCACUGUGUACUACGGGUAGUUUUCACUGAACCACCCAUAUUUCAACAGUGAACCAUAAAGUUCAUUACGAGUAAAAAUUAUGAUUUUGGAAAAUAAACAACAUAAUUUUAGAUAAUCAGCUUUUAUUUUUACAACACAAAAAUCAAAUGGAAAUAAAAAUGAUUAUUUCAACAAACAGUCUUCAUAAAAAAUCACAGAAUCCAAAAAUAACAACGAAACUAACACAAAACCCAAAUGAAAAUAAAAAUGCUUCUUUUAACAAAAAUAACUAAACAUUGUCUAAUAAAGCCUUCAAGUAAUCAAUAAUCAACCUUUUUGGUGGUAAACCAACAGUCUUCAUUUAAAAAAUCACAGAAAACAAAAAUAACACAAGACACAAUUGAAAAGAAAAAUCCUUCUUUAAACAAAAAUAACUGAAAAUUGCCUCUUAAAGCCUUUAGGUAAUUAAUCAACCGUUUGGUGGUUAAAUAAAAAAGCAGUCAACCGGUUCACUGUGUACUUUGAAAACCUGGUUCACUGUUCAAAACAUACACUAUUCAACUUAUGAGUUCACAAACAAUAAGAAGUACGCGGAAUGGUCAUCACGGAAUGUGCUCAUUAUACAGAUAAAACUACAAUAAUUUUGAUACCAAAUAGAUUUCGUACUUAAUAUAAAUAGCAAAAUAUACAAAAAUCGUAAAGCAUAACUAAAAAAACUAUCUUUUGUCGUCGAGAAACAAAGAAUUCGCAGCCAUACUUCACACCUUAGCCACAGUCGCCGGCGCACUACGGGAGAGGGUAAGGGCAUCCACGAGACACGUAGUGACUCGUUUGGUGGAACUGGCAACGUCAUACUUUUUGAAAUAUGGCGGUGGUUCAGCGUAUCUGGUUGGUUCACUGUUCGACUACCCACCCUACUUGAAACGCUAUUAUAACAUUAAGACAAUGUAUGUUAGUGAAGCCUAUUUUAGCUAUGAUACUAAUUAGCAAAUUAUAUAUUUUAAUUUAGGCAAGUAUGUGGACAAUUAUAUGUACAAAAUAAGUAUUAUGAAUAUUGUCAUGUACUGAGUUCUAUUAAUUGCACUGUACACAUACGUAUCUCUUCUUUAGUUUAAUAUUACUACACAAAGUAAUCUAUGUAAUAUUUUCAAGUGUUUAGUUUCCAUAUUUUUUUAAAGCUCAUAUUUUAAAUAGAGUUUCGUUUACUAAAUUUACAUGACACUGUACAGUAGAUUAUGGUACACAUUAUAUUAAAAUAUAAAUAAAGAAAAUAAAUUUGGA